AUCGGGCCGCGCUCCGGAAGCGCUCCCGGCCCGCCGGGCCCGCCCCGCCCCGUGGCGCCUGACCCGGAGCCGCUCGGCCGCGCUGACGCUGCCUUGUCCCGCCAUGGCUCCCAAGGGCGGCCCCGGCGGCCGGCAGCAGUCCGAGGAGGAUCUGCUGCUGCAGGACUUCAGCCGCAACCUCUCGGCCAAGUCCUCCGCGCUCUUCUUCGGCAACGCCUUCAUCGUCUCCGCCAUCCCUAUCUGGCUUUACUGGAGAAUAUGGCAUAUGGAUCUUGUUCAGUCUGCAGUCCUGUACAGCGUCAUGACCCUCAUCAGUACCUAUCUCGUGGCUUUUGCAUAUAAAAACGUCAAGUUUGUGCUCAAACACAAAGUAGCCCAGAAGAGAGAAGAUGCUGUUUCCAAGGAGGUGACUCGCAAGCUGUCCGAGGCGGACAACAGGAAGAUGUCCCGCAAGGAGAAGGAUGAAAGGAUUCUGUGGAAGAAAAAUGAAGUUGCAGACUACGAAGCGACAACUUUCUCCAUCUUCUACAACAACACCCUCUUCCUGGUCCUGGUUAUCAUUGCUUCCUUUUUCGUGCUGAAGAACUUCAACCCCACUGUAAACUACAUCCUUUCUAUCAGUGCUUCCUCAGGACUGAUUGCUCUGCUCUCCACAGGAUCCAAGUAGACACAAAACCCUCAGCAGUUCCUGUGAGAGGCUUCAACUGCCAUGGAAAUGCCUAAGGGUGGAAUAGGAAUAAUUUUUUUUUUUUUUUUAGCAUGAGGAAAACGUGGGGAGGGUUUGAAUCCAAAAUGGUUGAAUUGUAUUUACUUUUGGUAUCUUUACAUGGUAUUUGAUAUUGGAGUUACUCAGAUUUUUUUUUUUACUUAGCAAGGAGAGAGAGUGAGGUGUGAGCUGUGAGCAGACAUCACCUUGCUGCAGCUCCACCCUGGGGACAAUCCAUUUAUCAUUGUAACUUGAAAAGCUGUAAUUAAAAGGAGAUUUUUUUUUUUUUGCCAUUUGAUUACUUGUAUUUUCAUUCUUCAUUUUUUAAAUAAACAGGGAUUUUCAUA